CGCGCAUGUUCACAGUCUCCGGGUGAACGGUGUUAUCCUCUCCGCUCAGAGCUGAAGUGGGUCGGAUGUGUGUUCGGGAAAGACUUUCGUCUCUUCCGUCGAGAUCACUGUCUGCGGGCCGAAGAUAUCACUUUCCCAUCGUUAGACCUGCAGUGAGAGAUUUAUUGGAAGAAAAACCACGACUGAAGACAAGGGAACAGCAACAAGUGAACCAGCCCGAGAACUGAGAGCAUAAACUGGAGAGGACCCAUCUGACUCAGGGUUUCCAUUGAUUCAGUCAGGAGAAAGUCUGGUUAAAAAUGACAAAGAAUUAAUCUAUGGGAAUCUCGAACACCACACACCAGUUUGGCUGUCUCUAUCCAGAUAUUUAAGAAGCGGAACAAAGGAUUUCCUCGAUCAUCCUUCCUGCUCAGACUGUGGGGAGGGAUUCACUCAAUCAUCUGACUGACUGGCACGCCUGACAUUUUAAACAAGGGAGGAAACCCAUUCAUCUUCUUAGACAGUCGGAAUGAAUUCAUUUGGAAAUUUCAACUGAAGGGACAUCACCAAGUUGACACUGGGACGAGGCCAUUCACCUACUCUGUGAGUGAGAAGGAAUUCAGUCGGUCUUCCCACCUGUGGACACACCAGUAUAUCACACCGGGCAGAGGCUGGUCAUCUGCUAAAUUUGUGGGGAAGGAUUCACACGGUCAUCUGACUUCAUGGCUCACCAGCGGGUUCACACUGAGGAGCGGCCGUUCACCUGCUCAGACUGUGGGAAGGGAUUCACUCGGUCAUCCGACCUACUGGGACAUAAGUUUGUUCACACUGGGGAGAGGCCGUUCCUCUGCUCAUUCUGUGGGAAGGGAUUCAUUUCAUCAUCCAACCUGAAGGUACAUGAGCGAGUUCACACUGGUGAGAAGCCAUUCACCUGCUCAGACUGUGGGAAGAGAUUCACUUGCUCAUCGGAACUGAAGGUACAUCAGCGAAUUCACACUGGGGAGCGGCCGUUCACCUGCUCAGACUGUGGGAAGGGAUUCACUCAGUCAUAUCAGCUGAAGGUACAUCAGAGAGUUCACACUCGAGAGAGGCCAUUCACCUGCUCAGACUGUGGGAAGGGCUUCACUCGGUCAAUCGACCUCCUGGGACACAAGUUGGUUCACACUGGGGAGCGGCCGUUCAUCUGCGCAGACUGUGGGAAGGGAUUCACUCAGUCAUAUCAACUACAGAGACACCAGCGAGUUCACACCGGGGAGAGGCCAUUCACCUGCUCAGAAUGUGGGAAGGGAUUCAGUCGAUCAUGUCAACUACAGACACACCGGCAAGUUCACACUGGCGAGAGGCCGUUCAUCUGCUCGGAAUGUUCAAAGGGAUUCACUCAGGCAUCUCACCUACUGAGACACCAGCGAGUUCACACUGGAGAGAGGCCAUUCACCUGCUCAGACUGUGGGAAGGGAUUCAUUUGCUCAUCCCAACUGAAGGGACAUCAGCGAGUUCACACUGGAGAGAACCCAUUCACCUGCUCAGACUGUGGGAAGGGAUUCACUUGCUUAUCCCAAAUGAAGGUACAUCAGCGAGUUCACACUGGAGAGAGGCCGUUCACCUGCUCAGACUGUGGAAAGGGAUUCACUCGGUCAUCCCAUCUGAAGGAACAUCAGCGAAUUCACAUUCGGGACAGGCCAUUCACCUGCUCAGACUGUGGGAAGGGAUUCACUCAGUCACACGAAUUCCUGGUACACAAGUCAGUUCAUACUGGGGAGUGGCCAUUCACCUGCUCAGACUGUGGGAAGGGAUUCACUCUGUCACACGCACUACUGGUACACCAGUCAGUUCACACUGAGGAGAGGCCGUUCAACUGCUCAGUCUGUGGGAAGGGAUUCACUUGCUCAUCCCAAAUGAAGGUACAUCAGCGAGUUCACACUGGAGAGAGGCCGUUCAUCUGCUCAGUCUGUGGGAAAGGAUGCACUAGUUCAUCCCAACUGAAGGUACAUCAACGAAUUCACACUGGGGAGAAACCGUUUACCUGCUCAGACUGUGGGAAGGGAUUCACUUGUUCAUCCCAACUGAAGGUACAUCAGCGAAUUCACACUGGGGAGAAGCCAUUUACCUGCUCAGACUGUGGGAAGGGAUUCACUAGUUCAUCCCAACUGAAGGUACAUCAGCGAAUUCACACUGGGGAGAAGCCAUUUACCUGCUCAGACUGUGGGAAGGGAUUCACUUGUUCACCCCAACUGAAGGUACAUCAGCGAAUUCACACUGGGGAGAAGCCGUUUACCUGCUCAGACUGUGGGAAGCGAUUCACUCAGUCAUUUCAACUACAGAGACACCAGCGAGUUCAUACUGAUUAGAGGCUGAUCAACUGAUCAGACUUUGGGAAAAGUUUCUCUCGGCCAAAUCAACCAAAUUGUGCAUCAUUGAGUUCAUACUAGGAAGAGGCAGUUCACCUGCUGUGAAUGUGGAAAGGGAUUCAUUCACUUAUCUAUCCUUAUGACACACUACCUGGUUCACAAUGGGAAGAGGUGAGUCAGCUGCUGUGAACAUGGAAAAGGAGUCAUUCAUCUAACCUGAUGUAAAUCUCGCUUCGGCUAGCAGCUUAAUAUAUGGGGGUGAUAGCCACUCAGCCCGGUCAAACAUAAGAAAUCUCGUUUGGGUGGAUGCUGUGUGGUGUGUCCCAUGUUAUAACUAAGUACCCUGAAAUAACAAAUGAUACACAGUAUGUGAUUUAAUGAUUGAUCUUUAUAAUUCAUUCUUUGACUAUAGGGUUAGUAAAAAAAUCAAAAGACAAAAGGGCCCCCACUCUCCGUUCACAUCUUCUCAUCUCUCCCCAGCAAAAAACACAAUAAUCUCUCUUCCAGACUCACAAGAAAAAAAAAAUUCUGCCAUCGGAAUGCCUUGCACUCCAAAACCCUGUUAUCACUAGUCAUAACCUAAAUAUUGCUGCUACAGAGAAACCAUUACAUCAGCAGUGAAACCUUACAGCGUGUUACACUUGUGACAGACUAGCGGGUUCACACUGGGGAGAAAGUUUCAAUAAGCUUCAUGCUGGAUAUUUGUCCAUCACCAUUGCUGAAUGCUAUUUUGAGAGUGACUGUAAGUGCUGAACUCUGCAAUUAUUGCUGCUGCUCACCACGCCCAGUUCUGCACCCUGGUCACUGGGCAUGGGAGAAGAUUCUCCUGCUGCGCAUUCAACUUUACUGGGACAGGAGUUUAAUAUUCUGCAUCUGAGACAAAUAAAUCUGUUCCAUUUUAAACCCUGUCCUUGGUACUUACUGAAUUUACAUUACACCUAUUGUACAGUAGAGAGUCAACUCAGGCUGGCUGGACCCUGCUAGUGAUUCUGUUCCAGGACAGUCCUCUUAAAUCUUCCCCUGUUGUUCACCUCUUCCUCUGUCUGUAGUGAUGGGUUCCAAACAGUCACCAAUCUGUUUGUGAAGAGGUUUCCCUUGAAUUCUCUGCAGACUGAAGAAGUUAAGCUGACUGCAGUUCUGUCUGAGAUGUUCUUUACCCCUGAAAUCUCUGGACUGAGGAAGAAUUAAUUUCGGAGUUACCCUCCUUACUCAUGGCUCAUUACCACAUUAUUGGUCAUUUUCUCUGCUUCUAAAGGGUUGUUAGAAAACACCACUGUCUUCCAAAGUCUGAAAGCAGAAUGGUAAACCAUUAGCAGGACGUUCAAUGGAGCAGGGUCAGAAACCAGAGACAAAUCUGCACAGGGCAGAGUUUGGAGCUCUGGAAGAUGGUUGGGGUAAGAACAUAUGAUGAGGAGAAGGGAAUCAGCAGUGGGGUAUGGCAACAAAUGACAGAGUAGCAACAUUUGGAAGCAGAUUGAUGGAGAAAAUCUUUUGGUGGUUUGACUGUUAACAAACUAUACCCGUGUGACAUCUAUGUGUUUGGAAUGGUUUCAAUUAUUGAGGGUGUUGUUCCUGCUUGUUUAUCCUGUAAUAUUAUGUCUGGAUAGUUAUUAUAGAUUGUCCUAUCUGUAACAAUGUAUUGAUUAUCAUAUCAUUUGUAAGAUUUUGACUGUAAAACUGGAUCAGGCUUGAACUUACAGGCUUGUCUGAAGUGAUGGAGGGCAAUCAUGAGUCAGUAUUUUAAAGCAAGAAUUUGGUGAAUGAUAUUUUAUCUUUAUAAGUAAUCAGUUUGAGUUAAAUUCCUGCUGGAUCCUGGAAUGUGUUGGAUUGUGUCUGGUUUCUCUUGGCAUUUCCAGCACUUACUGCCUUAAAUACAAACAAUAUUGUAUGUAUUUUUGAUUUUAUUUUCCCCUUUUGUUAAACAGCUUGUCUUGUAUUCCUGCAAGGAACCCCUCUGUUUCUGGUAAGAGGAGUCCAACUUGUCAACAUCUUGUCAACAUCUUCCUUGUCAACAUCUCAUCUGCUGAGAUUGUUGCGAUGCCAUACUCAUACCACCUGCUAAUGAUUUCUUCCAGAGUGAUGAUUUAUUUUUCUGAGUUGGCCUCUCAGUUAAUUUUUCUGAUCUGUAUUCCGUAUCACAACUGUAUAUACACACAUGGAGUGCUGAAUCCAGUUCAUUUUUCUUGAAAAUAUAGAAGUUUUACCUGA